AUGUUCCCCAAAACGAAACCCUCCACCUCCAGCGCCCCCUCCAGCCAACAGCCCGAGCCGCGCGUUCUCCUGACCGGCGCCUAUGGCUUUCUGGGGACGCACUGCGUGAAGAAGGCGAUAGAAAGCGGGUUUCGCGUCCGGGGAACGGUGCGGAAUUUCAGCUACGAGAAGCAGCUGCGGAAAGCACUGGGGAUAGAACAAAACGACAAGAACGCGGACAAGUUAGAAUUGAUCAAACUCGACCUGGAGCAAAGCUCCCAGGAGGAAUGGAGCGAGGCCAUGAAAGGUUGCGACUACUGCCUUCACCUAGCGACGCCGGUGGUGACCACGUACGUUUCAAAUCCAGACACGGUGUUGAAACCCGCGGUGCAGGGGACGGAGAAAGUCCUGCGGGCCUGCGCGAAAGCAAGGGUAGAAGAGAUGAGAUUUUGAUACAGAAGCUAUAACGCAACUAGAACUAGUUUUGCUCUACUUACUUAAACGGUAAUUGCAGCAUGACUUCAUCUUUAUCAAAAAUUGAUCCAAGAGGCAACGUUUUUGUUGAAACGCAUUUGCAAUUCAUCUUCAGGUCCGCCGCGUGAUUUUCUGCAGCUCUACGUCGGCCAUCAACGCGGGCCACAGUUGGAACAAAACGCACUUCACAACGACUAUCCAAAAUGAAAAUCUUUUGUCAAUUAUGAUGGCAGCGCCCGUGUUUUGUAGAAGCAGCAUAUCUUAGUGAUUAUGCAGAAACGACUAAGAGUAUGACGUAGGUGCCGAUCGCGGCUAUUUUUCUGAUACAUGUCUGUUGCUCCACCCGGUUCUUGACAACAAAUUUUCAUUCCAUACCAAAAGACUGGAACGCCGAGAGCCCCAACGGGAACGAGGACAAGGUUUUUCUGUACGAAAAAUCGAAGUCCCUGGCGGAGAAACAGGCCUUCAAAGUCGCCGCCGAGCUCGACUUGGAUCUCAUUUCCAUCCUUCCGGGCUCCAUCUGGGGCCCGAACAUCCUGCCCCGCCUCAGCCCCUGCGGGGAGGCCAUCCAAAGGAUUUGCAACCGGGAGGUGCCCAUGAUGCCGGUGCUGAGCUUCAACUGCGUGGACGUCCGCGACGUGGCAGAUUUGAUGAUCCAGGGCUUGACCGUGAAGCUCAGUGACACGAGCAGUCCGAAAACCAAAAAGCAGCAACUCAACCGCCGGUUUCUCGCCGUGGCACCGGAGUCCAUGGACAUGAAGGUGAUUGCGAACAUUUGCAAGGACGAACUCGGCCCCUAUGGGUGGCGCCCGCUGACCACGUUUGGGCCGUACGCGAUUUUCUGGCUGUCAUCGUUCUUCCUCGAGCAGGCGGCGUUUAUCCUGCCCAACAUCGAAAGGGCGUACACGUAUGACGUGGAAAACACGCUGGAAACGUUUUCGGGCUCGGGUUUCAAAAAGUUCCGGAGCGUUCGGCAAGCGGUCGCGGACAUGGUGCACUCGAUGCACGACAUGAAGAUGCUGGACCCGAGUCGGAAAUCCAUGCUCGUGGCCGCGGUGAAAAUGGUUUGUGGGGACAACGAGUGCACAAGGUUUGUGUGUCCGAGUAGAGCGAAUGGAGGAUAGGUAAAAAAAGAACGUGGUCGUGUAGUGUGUUUGUUUUCGACCUUCAGACGGAUUUCAUGGCAAUAGUACGGUGUAAGUAUCUCACUGCGUAAUUUGAUCGCGCCGUAACAA